UUUCGAUGCGAUAAUCGCAAUUUUCGAUUUUUGGGUGUCAAAGGUCGGGGAAACGUUUAUCUAUUCGCCAAAUCUCAAGUGGUAAGGAGCGAACUUUUAUCAGUGGGUUUGGUGGAACUCAUCUUUGGUGGAACUAAAGCAAAUGGUCUAAUUAUUUGGAUAAUAUGGGGGAAUUUAACAGAAGUUUGAACGGAAAUAACAGAAGAACAUCGGGGACGAUGAAACCUAGUGGAUUCCGAACUCGCCCUGUUUUUUACAAUCGAGGGGUAAGCGGAAAGCAAUCUGCAACCCGUUACCCUCGCAAUGUAUCCAGGAAGCCGCUUUUACUUCUCGUGAUGGACAGUAACGGACGAAACAUCGUGCGACCAGAGAUUGUAAACCCAAGUACGAAUGUCAGUUUUGAUUUUGCUGCAAUAAGCAUUCCAGGUGGGAAAACGUUUCAUGCAUGCACCGAGUUGCGUCAUUUACCAAGAUGCCACCACAAGGUGUCUCAUGUAGUUCUUGCUCUCGGAACCAACGACAUGUUUGAAGGGAUGCCAGUUUUGCGUCAGUUUUGUACAAGGGUUGAAAACUUGAUCGGUGUUGCCGAAGCUGUUUAUCCAGGAGCAAAGAUCUCAUACGCUUCAAUAAUUCCACGACACGAUGAGCAUGCGGCAGUCGUAUCUGAAGCAAAUGCAAUCAUCCGUGAAGUUACUGAAGAUUACGGAAUCAAAUUUAUCAAAAUCAAAGUGCCGAGCCGACCAGACUAUUGGAGUGAUUUGAUACACAUGUCAGAUGAAGGUCUACGAAAAUUUAUGCAAAGUUUUGAAUCACAAGUCGAAGACAAAAUUUUUAACAACAAAGAAUUCAAGCCAGAGGAAGAGAUGUCACAUCGACGAAACUCUUCAUUUUUUGGAAGAAAUGACGGAUACGAUGACAAAUACGCAAGGAAGCGGAAAUCACCAGACUUUAGUUCGAAUUUGCAUGGCGGGAAAAGGAUGUCACUGGGAACGACAUCAAAAGAGUUUAAUGAAACUUGGCCGAGAUUGCGCAAUACCAGAUCACCCAUUCGUUUCAAGUCGCGAUCACCUAUACGUGACAGGUCACGAUCAUCCAUGCGUUACAAAUUGAACUCAUCCAGACAUGAGAGAUCAAAUUCACCCAUGCGUAAAAGUCCUCAAUCACUCAAGCAUAACACGUCAAGAUCAUCCAAGCAUAACACGUCAAAGUCAUCCGGGCAUGGAAGGUCAAAAUCACCGAAGCAUAAAAAGCCUCGAUCACCCAAACAUGAAGAGUUCAAAUCAUCCAAGCGUAGCAUUAUUCGGUCCCGUAGCAAUUCUGAAAGCUCCGAAGUUUCCGACGAUACGAUUUCAAGUUCUUCAUAUACAAGUUCUUCCCCUGAGGUCAGAGGUCAAACUCGAAGAAUUUUCAUAAGAUCAUCCCCAGACAAACAUAAAAGCGAUCAGAAGGACAGUAGUUCCAGACUCGCCCAAUCCUUCAAGUCUGAGAAAAAAGUGUGGAUGAAAUCUAAGAUUAAUAAAAUACCAAGAAAUAUUGAGAGAGAGGAAAGUCUAGAAUCGUCAAGGCAGAAGGAAUACCCAGGUCUAUUCAAGGGUCCAACCGAUAGAAUUUUUUCAACGUCUUCUGAAACAGCGGACGAUGAAACUGAUCAUGCGUCUCAAUGUUCAUUGUCAAUUCACAAAAAGAAAAGACCGGCUGGUUUGGACUCUGACGAAUGUUUUACUCCCGUGAAGUCGUCAAGAAAAGUGUCGGCACCCGCGGAAUCGUGGACCGAGAUCCGACAAAAGUUCGACAACAGUUUGAAUGAAUCUACAGAUCUCAACAAUUCGAACAUCAGUGACACUCGUGAAAUUGUUUGCACGACAUCUUGUGGUCAUAAUAUCGCACAAAAAACAACCCAUCGCGUUAUUUCAAAGACCGGUACUAAAGAAAAAUCGAACCAGGUCCAUAAAAUAUCUGGUACGAAGAUGCAAAAUGUGUCGUUGAGUGGUUCAAUCAAAAAAGAAAGUUUGUCUGAUCAAAGGGUAGUGACUUCGAACUCUGGUUCACAAGAAUCGAAAACAAAAUUAAAAAUUAAAUCACCCACAAAGCGGCGACAAAGAGUUAAAUCUGUUGGAUUGCAGGACAGAUUUGUAAAGAAUGUACUGGAUUCGCAUCUGAGAGGCUCGACUUCUCAAAGCUCUCACAAUACCUAAUAUAUUAUGGUUUCAUAUUCUGAAAUGGGGGUGAUACUUAUUACAUCUGUCUCAUUUUUAGAGGAGGUGGGUGAUAUCACAUUUUUUAUGCGUCGUUUUUCACUGUUUGAUAUAUCCACUGAAAUACUUUGGAGCAGUGCGCACUCGAUUUAGUCAAAAUGGUGGAUGUUUGCAUCAUAGAAGUCAAACCUAUGAUUUCAACAUAGUUAUGUCCAAAUCCAACUGAUAAUCUCUAUACACUUUUCAUGGCGAUUGAAUAUCUAUGCCAGUAUUCAAAUUGCCAUAUGCCAUCUAGGGAUCAGAAUAUUCCGAUGUGUAGGGUGUGCAAAGGACUUAUACUCCUGAGACAAGUGAAAUAGAACUUAUUUGUGAUUUUCUGUUUUUUUUAUGAAUGAGUGUAUGUAUAUUCAGUUUUUAUUUGUUUUCAGUAAAGUUUUUUUUUCGUUUUGUCCAAA